AUGUACAGUAGCGGUAACCCAACAAACAUUGCAAACCCGAUCAAAGAUGCCAGUGUUCGGGUUGAUAUAAAGACAUCAAGUGGGAGGUUGACAUUGUUUGAGACUACUUUGUGUGAAAAGAUAUCUUGGGAAAGGAUUGAAGCUCGCACAAGUUUGGAUCCUCUUGGUUAUCUUACUGCAUAUAAUGACAACGACAUUCAAUUAAUUUGCUGCCAAUCAGAUGCAAGUAGAUUGUGGCAUGUCCCACCUGUUGUGCAGGCUAGAUUUAUGAAGUCCCUUAGGUCGAAUAUGGACAUUACUUUCUCUUGGGAAUUUACCAGAGAUAGGCCUAAAGGAAAGGAAGUAGUGAAAUAUGAUUUAACAAUACAGGAGCAGGAUCUUCCCACAUCUUAUGAAGUGGCCAGAGUCUUCAACGGUACUUCCAAUAGUUUCCCGGUAUACAAUAUUUAUCCCAGAUAUUUUCGGGUCACAGGCUCUGGAGAUGUGCGGUCUCUGGAACAGUCGGUGGAGCUGGUUAGUGGGGAUCUUGUCCUUAACCGCGGGGAUCUAGAGUGGUGGUCUUUCUAUGAUCUUGACAUCUCAGAUUCUCACGGAUGUGGGAAGUUCCCAGGACCAAUGGCUAUAAUUGUAUCUGAAGAGACCCCUCAGGGCAUUAUCGGUGAAACUCUAAGCAAGUUCAGCAUCUGGGGACUUUACAUUACCUUUGUGCUUGCAGUUGGACGCUUUAUCAGAUUACAAUGCUCUGAUUUACGAAUGAGAAUUCCUUUUGAGAACCUUCCUUCUUGUGACAGAUUGAUGGCAAUAUGUGAAGAUAUAUAUGCUGCAAGAGCAGAAGGAGAGCUUGAAGUGGAAGAGAUUCUGUAUUGGACGCUUGUUAAAAUCUACCGCUCUCCACACAUGUUGUUAGAGUAUACCCAGGCUGAAUAA